CGGCGGGAGGAGGCGUUGGCAGCCGGCUGGGACCCACGCGGCGCCGCGGCCCGCCUAGCGUGCAGCUCUCCCACCCCGGCGGCGGCGGCGGCACGAUGCCCUUUGACUUCAGGAGGUUUGACAUCUACAGGAAGGUGCCCAAGGACCUUACGCAGCCAACGUAUACCGGAGCCAUUAUCUCUAUCUGCUGCUGCCUCUUCAUCCUCUUCCUCUUCCUCUCGGAGCUCACCGGAUUCAUAACGACAGAAGUUGUGAACGAGCUCUAUGUCGAUGACCCGGACAAGGACAGCGGGGGCAAAAUCGAUGUCAGUCUGAACAUCAGUUUACCCAAUUUGCACUGUGAAUUGGUCGGGCUCGACAUACAGGAUGAGAUGGGCAGGCAUGAAGUGGGCCACAUUGACAACUCCAUGAAGAUUCCGCUGAAUAACGGGGCCGGCUGCCGCUUCGAGGGGCAGUUCAGCAUCAACAAGGUCCCCGGCAACUUCCACGUGUCCACACAUAGUGCCACAGCCCAGCCACAGAACCCGGACAUGACACAUGUCAUCCACAAGCUCUCCUUUGGGGACACACUACAGGUCCAGAACGUUCACGGAGCUUUCAACGCUCUUGGGGGAGCAGACAGACUCACCUCCAACCCCCUUGCCUCCCACGACUACAUCUUGAAGAUCGUGCCCACGGUUUACGAGGACAAGAGUGGCAAGCAGCGGUACUCCUACCAGUACACAGUGGCCAACAAGGAGUACGUCGCCUACAGCCACACGGGCCGCAUCAUCCCUGCCAUCUGGUUCCGCUACGAUCUCAGCCCCAUCACGGUCAAGUACACAGAGAGACGGCAGCCGCUAUACAGGUUUAUCACGACGAUCUGUGCCAUCAUUGGUGGGACCUUCACUGUCGCUGGCAUUCUGGACUCGUGCAUCUUCACAGCCUCCGAGGCUUGGAAGAAGAUCCAGCUGGGCAAGAUGCACUGAUGUCCUGCCUGGCCCGGAUAGCCGAAGGCCCAGAGAGAUUGCCAGCCCAGCCUCCAGCACCCUGUCUCCUCCUGCCCCCAUCUGGCCCAGGAUCUGGCUGUGUCCCAAAGUGUGUGGGGGAGGUGGAAGGAAAGAUAGGGGCUGGCUCAAGGUUUUGCAGCUACCUCUUUUCCCCAUGUUUAAUUUUAGACAAAUUAUACUGCCUGAAGUUGUGCCCCUUUCCCUGGGGAGCCCCAAGACCAGAGUCAGGCAAGGGGAACAGAGCUCUAGGGAUGUUGGGGACCCCUCCUGGGAGGGCUGCAGUCUCCUCCCUCCUAGGGGAACAGCCCAGAAUCCAUGCCGACCAGCUCUCAACCAGGCUUUGACAAUCUCGCAGCCCCCACCAUUUGGACAUACUAGUCACUUGGUUUCUCCCCUGGGCAGCCGACCUGCCCCAGAGGCUCCAGACUUUCGGGACCAGGAUGCACAAAGGUAUUCCCACCUGGCACCUUCAAUGAAAGAUGGUACGUCUCAGGCAAGUGCAUGAGAUUUCGCUCUGUAGUUAGAAUGCUCACUUCUGCCCCAUUCCUUCCUGGCCAACCUAGAGUCCAGGCCUCAAGUCCCUUUCCCCCCACCCCUUUCUUGUUCUUCCAAAAAGCAAAUGCCCAGUUGCUUGGCAGCAGUGGUGGAGACACAUCUGCCCAUCGGUCAUGAGGCAGGUCACAGGUUUCCCUUCUUCUCUUCUCCUUUUUCCUCUCAACCCCCACCAAUGUGCCUCGGUCCCUGUGCUGUGUGGCAACAGCAUCUCCUGGUGGAGGGAGGGGCUGGUUCCCACUGCCAAGUCCCCCCACUGCUUUUUGGGAUCUGCAGUGGCAGUGGUAGGGGUUGUGUGACUGGCAAGUCAUCCUUUGAGAACCAGAUAGACAUGGUUUGUGUGCUUAUGUCCACAUGGGAAGCAUCCUCCCGCAAUCUUAAAAUAAUCAUGUCUUAGCCUCUCCCAGACAGACGCCAUUGGUCUCAAGGCCUUAGGUGGGGAAAUUAAAGAGAUCAGCCCUUCUCCCUUUUUUUGCCCUCCACCUUCUGGGCUCCCAAGGGAUGCAGAACACUGAGACCUCUGUGCAGCCCAGUUGUGGCUCGCUUACCACUGGGCUCCCCCAUGGGCCAGCCACACACCAACACACUCCCAGCCCCUGGGGCAGCUCCAGUGUCUCCCCACUUGCUCCUGAGGGGGUCUGUACCCUGCUGCUCCCCCUCAUCCUUCCCCUUUUGUCCUGAAAGGGUGGGGCAAUGGUCCAGGCACGAAUUCCACCCAGGGAAUUUUAGCUAUGCCCUCAUAUUCCAGAGAGAGAGCUGCCCACCUGUUUUCCAUUUAUAUCAAGAUUGUUUGCAUACUUUUGUAAUGAAGGGGAAUGUCCAGUGGAAGGAUUUUUUAAAUUAUCUAUAUGGGUAGCUCAAGUCUCUUCCAUUUGUAAUUUUUGGCUCUGGAUUCCAAUUAGAAAAGCUUCCCCUUUUACAUAUGAGUUGACUGAUGUUGUAACUGCCUUUGGUUAUUUCUGGUAUCUGUGGUCACUUGGAUGGAUUUUUUUUUUUUUUUUUUUUUUUUACAUUCUGUUCCCCAGUUACAGAAAGGAGUCCCUUUU